CGCGAAUCAUGCACACACUGUAUUCUUGGAAACUACGCAAUUUAAACCUCACUGCCGCUUAAAGUGAAGCUAAAGACCAGUAAUGACCACAGGCAACAACACUUCAGUCCUCAAAGAUGUUAUUGCCUAUGUUGAUGUGUGGUCAUCAGACAAAACAGCAAACUAUUCAAAACCAUUUAUUCAGCAGCUGCAGGAAAUGGGAGCUCAGGUAUCAAAAACAUUCAAUAAACAAGUCACACAUGUGGUCUUUAACAAUGGUCACCCCGCUACAUGGCGAAAAGCCAAGAAAAGUGCUGUGAAGCUUGUGUCUGUUCUCUGGGUAGGCAGAUGUCAUGAUGAUGGUGUGCGUGUGGAUGAGGAGUUGUUUCCAGCCUUAAAUGAUGAAAGCAAUCCAGUGUUGAAGAACAAGAAACAUCGCUGCAUGCAGCCAAAAGAUUCUCCAGAGAGGACACCUGAAAACGACAGACGCAUGAGGAAGAAAUUAGACAAGAUGAUGAAAGACCUCGCUCCAGUACAACCUCUUGUUACAGAUGUAUCGCCCAUCAUUAUUGAUGAAGAGAAUGGAAUAGUUUAUAGCCCUGCAUUGAAAAGAUCAGAUUAUAUGGCACAGCGUUUGAGAGACAUGAAGGAGAAACGGGAAAACCUCUCACCUACAGCUUCACAAAUGAUUGAAUCCCGCUCACCCACUGGACUGAAGCCCUCUCUUGGGAGCACACCAACCAUCCUCAAAUUAAUAUAUGACCAGUCAGAUGAUGAUUCCAGUGCGUCUGCGGCUGAACCUGCUUACUCACCUGACAAGGAAGAAGGAAGAACACAAGUUGAUGUGACUGACCAUGACCAUCUUGAACAGCGCCACAGGAAGAGCUCCACAAAGCCAUGGCUCUCACCCUGCCGUGAUGUGCCAAGGCGGAUUUCAAGUCCUGUGAAAUGUCCUGACUUCAAGGAGGAAGACGACACAAAAGGGACUGGACAAACAAAGUCAAGAAGGACCUCAGUCAGAAAAACGCCAGCAGAGAAACUCCAAUCUGUUGGUUUAUUAGAAAGUCCUUGCAAGGAUAGGAGAUCUGACAAAAGCAAGAACUGUCAAAAAGAAAAAAGGCGAUCACAGAUGAAAACAUCUCAUCCAUCACCUAACAAAUCUGAAAAGGGAAAGGGAAAAAAUAAAGCUGCUACAUCCUCUACAGAGACUAAGACCCAUUUUUGUUUAGAUGCUGUAGACUCGUCUAGUUGCCUCUCAUCUUCAGCCGAAAUAGGUGAUGCUGCAGUUGAACUGUCAAAACAAACUGCCACCCCAUUACAGAAACUACCCAAACGAGCCAGACUGUCACUUUCUGCCUUAGCCCGAUCUUUCACUCUGUCCACUGACUGUAAAAGUGCUACCUCAGAUACCGUGAAUGGAGAUAAUGAUAACGUGUUUGAGGACUAUUUCUCCCCAGCUAACCACCACCAAGGAUCAAAAAGACCUUUGCCCAACCUCCCUGUAGAGACAGACAUUCAGAUUCCUUUUGAGUUGGACUCUGUGCCUCAUAAGAGAAAGCAAAGAAGAAGUGAAAGCGUUGGGUCUGAAACUAUCAGUAAAAAGAAGAGGAAACUGGAGAAAAAUGAGCAGUCCAAUGCAAGCAGUGAGCCUCAAAGUCAUCCACAACAGGAUGUUAAAGAAUCUCUGCCUUCAUUGGAAGGUCCAAGUGCCGAUGUCACGCUUGUUGCUAGAAGGCAAAGACAAAGCACUUUGCCAUUUACGAGCACAACUAAGAGUGAUGCGGUGAAGCCAAGAAGAAAAUCUACACCAGUGCAACCAACAGUGUUAACAGAGCCGGACACAGAGCCACAGAAAAACUCUGAUGUCAAUGUGCUCUCUCAUUCCUUGGAAAGUAGAGGAAAUGUACGUACAGUCGCAGCUGGUUUAACGGAGGUUCCCCCUGAGGACAAAGAAGAAAAUCACAAUAAGCAAGUCAGCUUGAGUCUACAGAACAUGGUUAACAAAACAAAGACUAUGAGAACACUGGUCAUGACAAGCAUGCCCACUGAGAAGCAGCACACGGUGGCUCAGGUGGUGACGACACUUGGUGGCUUUUCAAUCGUUGACCGUGUUUGUGAGAGCACAACUCACGUGUUGUCUGGGAGUGACCGGCGGACUCUCAAUAUUCUGCUGGGCAUAGCUCGUGGCUGCUGGAUCCUGUCUUUUGAAUGGAUCCUCUGGUGUUUGGAGCAAAGGCAGUGGAUUCCAGAGGAACCAUAUGAACUUUCAGAGCAGUUUCCUGCAGCACAGAUCUGUCGUCUCCAGAGGCACCUGUCUGCUGGGGAGCACCAGCAGGAUCUGUUCCAAGGCCAGCCAGCGAUUUUUGUAUCCCAGCACUCCCAGCCGCCCACUCAGAGUCUGGUGGAGCUGAUCCAGCUUUGUGGAGGAACAGUGUGCAAAACAGUGCGGCAGGCGGGUAUCUGCAUCGGGAAGUACAGCGGCAGGAGACCAGAGGGAAGCAGGAUCCUGUCUGAGCAGUGGGUGCUGGAUAGUAUCACACAUUUGAAGCGGCUGUCAUACGAUAAGUACGACCUGGAGUCAAAACUGUGAAAUUAAGUUGUAGUUGUUUCGUGUUGGACUGUGUUGGAUUACAUAUCCUCAGUUUCUACCUUGCAGUGUUCCUCUUGCGCAGCUUUAUCAUCUUGCUUGUGUUCAGAGGCUUUACAUAAAUCCUCUCAAAUAUUCAGUUUUCAAAGACUCUGAUACCCUGGUUACCGUGGAAACCUGCUACUUAAGGGGACUAUCAACCAUUCAACAAUCAUCUACGUUACUGUGAAAUAUGGAAAACUGCUUUAACUUGCCUGUCGAUCUGUUAUUGUUUGAUGAUUCUUUCCUUCGUAAACAUGUAACCACUACUUUGUAAUACUGUGUUUUUAACAAGGUGAGAUUUAAGCCUUAAGAUUUUUUGACAAUGUGAUUUUUAAAAUACUUGCUGAGCCAGUUUAACACUCUAAAGGAGAUGAAAUGUUUUGUGAUGCUAUCGUUGUUCUUUUGUCAGACAUUUAUAUUAAAACACUUACG